AUGGAUUUGGAUAUGAGCAUUGAUACACCUUCCUUUGCUUGUCCUGUGACGAGCAAUGUCAGUGAUUUUGCUGCCUUUUUAGUCCCUGUGAGGAAUGGAAUCAAGCAGCAAAAGACUCAGCGUGGUGGUUUUGUACCUUACCAGAAGCUCGGAAGGAACAGCUUGGUCCUUAAAGAGAUUGAAUACCUUUUACUGUUGUACGAUCAGUUGUUGUGCAAAAUUGAAAUUUGCCUUCAAAAAAUGGAUAAGAGAUUCGUUAACAAGGAAAUGUCGCAUGAGGAGAAUUAUUUUCAUCCUGCAUGCUCUCUCUAUCUUUCCGUUUUGAAGGAGUUGCAUAAGAUUUCUAAGCUUUAUGAUGGUGCUUCAGAAAAGCUCCAGGGCGUUUUGACACGUCAAAAGACUGUGCUGUGUCAGCUGCUUGUUAAAUAUGCAAAGAGGACUGAUGAGCAUCAGUGGAUUCUCGAGCACAAGAAUGUCACCAAUUUCGAGGCUAGAAGGCAUUUGGCCAUGAUGAUGUUCCCGGAGGUUAAGGAAGACUAUGAAGAGCUACAUGAGAUGCUCAUUGACAGGUCUCAGUUGUUAACUGAAUCUUUUGAAUAUGUCGCACGAGCUGAGCCCGAGUCACUGCGUGCUGGCCUCUUUAUGGAAUUCAAAAACGAGGAAGCCACUGGCCCCGGUGUGCUGAGGGAGUGGUUCCUUUUGGUUUGUCAAGCAAUAUUCAAUCAGGAAAAUGCUCUUUUUGUUUCCUGCCCAAAUGAUAAAACGAGAUUUCUCCCUAAUUCUGCUUCCAAGGUGCAUCCUCUGCAUCUUGAGUACUUCAGCUUCUGUGGUCGAGUUAUUGCAUUAGCUUUGAUGCAUGGGGUGCAAGUAGGUAUUGUUUUUGAUCGGGUGUUUUUCUUGCAAUUGGCUGGAAAGUCUAUUUCUGUUGAAGAUAUAAAGGAUGCAGAUCCUGAGCUUUAUAGAAGCUGCAAGCAGAUAUUAGACAUGGAUUCUGAUCUAGUUGAUUCAGAUGCGUUAGGACUGACGUUUGUAAGAGAAGUGGAUGAAUUAGGACACAGGAAAGCGAUCGAGCUCUGUCCCGGUGGAAAGGAUGUUGUAGUUACUAGUUUUGCUGAUAUUCUUUCAAGUACAAACCUCCAGACGUCCUUUUUUCAAGCUUUAGAUCCUGAAGAUCUUGAUUGGAUGCUCCGUGGAUGCAAAGAUGCCAUUUCCGUCGAAGAUUGGAAAAAACACACUGAAUAUAACGGCUAUAAAGAGACAGAUAUUCAGAUCUCUUGGUUUUGGGAGAUAGUGGGGAAAAUGACAGCUGAAGAAAGGAAAAUUCUCCUUUUCUUUUGGACAUCUGUGAAAUAUUUACCAGUCGAAGGCUUCUGUGGUUUAGGCACCCAUCUCUACAUUUACAAGUCCCACGAGUCCGGCGAUCACCUUCCUUCAUCUCAUACAUGCUUUUACCGGCUCUGUUUCCCAGCUUAUUCAUCAAUGCCGGCCAUGCAAGCUCGUCUCAAAGUCAUUACUCAAGAACAUAUUGGCAGUAGUUUUGGUACUUGGUGA